GGGGACUUUGUAGAUAGAGGUUAUUAUAGUCUUGAGACUUUCACUUACCUUCUUGCACUAAAAGCUAAGUGGCCCGACCGUAUCACGCUGUUACGAGGCAAUCACGAAAGCAGGCAGAUCACACAAGUGUAUGGAUUUUAUGACGAGUGCCAAACCAAGUACGGGAACGCGAACGCCUGGCGGUACUGCACCAAGGUCUUCGACAUGCUGACGAUAGCCGCGUUAAUAGACGAGCAGAUUCUCUGUGUGCACGGUGGCCUCUCCCCAGACAUCAAGACGCUCGAUCAGAUCCGAACCAUCGAACGUAAUCAAGAAAUCCCUCACAAAGGCGCCUUCUGCGACCUCGUCUGGUCCGACCCCGAGGAUGUCGACACGUGGGCGAUCAGCCCGAGGAAGCUGACCGUCCUCUUCUCCUUGCAGUUCGUUCACAUCAACAACCUGAAACUCAUCUGCAGGGCGCACCAGCUCGUCCACGAGGGCUACAAGUUCAUGUUUGAUGAGAAAUUGGUAACGGUAUGGUCUGCUCCCAAUUACUGCUACCGCUGCGGGAAUAUCGCGUCCAUCAUGGUCUUCAAGGAUGUAAAUACGAGGGAACCAAAGCUCUUCCGCGCAGUUCCAGACUCAGAGCGCGUCAUUCCCCCCAGAACAACCACGCCCUAUUUCCUCUGAGGCCCCUCCCGCCUGCUCUCCCCCUCCUCCCUUCUAUUGUCCCUUUACAAUAUACUUUUUAUGGAGCACUUUGCUGCUGAAAUGCUGCCUCUUGCCUUUU